CUGCCGCCUCUACACCAUCUGGUGUUACUGUUCCACCAGGCUCUGGUGUUACUGCAACUGGAGCUGCACCGUCAGGAUCUGGUGUUACUGCAAUGCCAGGAUCUGGUGUUACUGCACCGUCAGGGUCUGGUGUUACUGCACCGUCAGGACCUAGUGUUAGUGCGUGUGUGACGAGAACAUCCCCUGCUGGCACUUCAACAGCCAGCACAACAGACAUUACGUACGAUGACAUCAAUACGUUGAAGUUGUUCAUGGCUCUGCGUAGAAGCAGUCCUGUGGCCAAAGUAUUCGCUGCCGUCUUCGAAAGUUUGUCCCGUAGGGGCUCAGAAACUCUGGAACAGUAUUGUUCUGUUCUUUUAGGUAACGAUUACUUGAAAAGUUUCAAUAAAAAGGAAAGAGAUAAGUUGCUUCUCAACACUGUGCAAGAUUACGACAUCACAUUGCUGUACAAGCUCCUGCAGAAAUGCUGUCAUUUGAGCAAUGACACUAAUUUUUGGUUAAAGCCUGGGGACUCGAUAGAAAACAUGUUGUAUCGCCUGAAAGAACAACGUAACUUCUUCAGCCAUGAAGCUGUGCAAUUAUCAAAAAGUGAACUUGAUUCGCGACUGAAGAAAAUUCGAAAACUUAUCGAAGAAGUCAGUGACAAGGCUGGUGUUGAUCGUGGUCUCAAGAAUGGUUUUCUAGCUGAAUUAGACAACAUCAGUGUCUCAACGAGCUUACAGGCGGAACUUGCUGACCGUAAUGCUCAGAUGAAGGCGUUCAAAGAAGACAUUCAAGACAGCAUCCUAGAUAGCAGCAUCGCUGAGUUGAAGGACAGAUACAGCACAAUGCGAGUUCUAUCGCCCAUAACUUGGUUCACCUAUGACGAGUUUCAGAGCAUCACCAUCGACAAGGUAUUCACCAAACUAACUAUGAGUCGAAGCAACACCACGGUUGAUAUUGGGAAAAUUCUCUUGGUGAAAAACGAGCGCGGAGUCGAUUGUUCCACCAUAAUCAUAACAGGCUUGGCAGGUUCAGGUAAAACAUCUUUAUGUAGGUUCCUUAUUUACAGCUGGUCGGGACAAACCGGUGAAGUGGACGAACUGAAUGAGUACAAACUACUUAUUUUCAUUCAGUGUCGGUAUGUCAAGUCUAAUGGCUUCGCUGCUUUUAUAAAGGAAGAUUUGCUGAAAACUUCGUUUUAUUUGGUGCCAGAGACCGAAGUUAUCGAGAUGCUGCAAAGGUUCAAACCGUUGUUUGUCAUCGAUGGUUACGAUGAAGCAGACUAUGCUGUCCAAAACCUCAUCGUUGAAAUUCACCAUAAGUUUCCCUCGACUAAGAUACUCAUUACGUCCAGACCCCACAUUUGUGCAAGUCUAUCAGCCAAGCUUGUGCACAGUCUCGCUUGCCUCAACUUACUGAAUCUUAAAAUAAUGGGGUUUGAAACUGGCUGCAUCCAGGAAUACUCUCACAAGCUUUUCUCUGUACUUAAUAAUGCAUCAGGAGCCAACGCCUUCCUCGAUUACAUAUUAAAACGUAGCAAACUGCAAUCGAUCAUCAACCUACCACUAACUCUUGCUCUACUUAUUUUACUUUGGAUUGACGAUCGUUCCCAAGUUGACGAGGUAUCUUCUGAGGGCCAAAUCCACGUCAAGAUCAUCGAGAUGAUGAAGCGACGGCUAUUGACUAGACUUGGUGAAAAACCCUCUAUUGCCCAAGCAAACCCAUUGGAGUUGGAAAAUAACGUUGAUUUCUGGCUGCACCUUUUGGGUAAGAUUGCUCUUGAAGGCAUUGCAAAGCAACAGCUCUUCUUGGACGAACAAAACAUGCGUUUUCUCAAAAUGAAGUGCAAGAAACUUUCACAAACGUUUGACGUCGAAGACGCCAUGUCUUCCAUAAUGCAGUGCGAGACGAGCAUCUCCCUCUCAAGCUGCAAGAAGAUUUGGUCUUUUAUCCACGCGACGCAGCAAGAAAUGAUGGCGGCCCUCUAUAUUGUCAAAGAAAUCGAAGAAGAAGACCAACCUUUUUCAAAUUGCAUUCCCGAGACCGAAACUGAGUUAAGCGAACAAAUGGUAAACGUGAUUCAAUUUGCAGUUGAAAUUUUGAAGACGAAUGGAAGUUUGACUGAAGAAAGCGCUAAGUUCAUUGCUUCAAAGUUUCCCUUGAUUUCUGAACAUAACAUUGCUUUCAUUUUUUCGAUCCUUGAUCUCGUCGAUAACGACCGAAUGUAUGUUGAAAUCUUCAAAAAGUUUUUGGAUACCAAUUCAAUACCUUCUGAAUUAUCGUUCGUAUGUAUGCCGUUCACAGCACAUUUGACCAAGCUAAAUAUUCUGAGCUCAGAUGUGAGAUUAACGUUCGUUGCUGAAUAAUGAUUUUAUAUCUGCCCGCAAGGCACUGAAUGCAGUUAGAUAUACACCGAAUCUAGUCCUCCCUUCUGAUUAGGAUGACAUUAAAUCUGUAGUAAGGUUGUUUCAGGAGACAUGUAAGAACGGAUAGAAAGUUCGGUUCAUCUACAGUUCUAUAGGUACUUCUUUUGUCCACUAUCUGAGGACUUGGUUCUUCACCACUCGCCUCACGUCCGGACGGGGACAGAGUUCUAUACCUUCGAAUUUCUCGGUAGCUUGGAGGCAAUAAAAGAGCUGAGGUCCGUGCGUAGGAUUGGACAGAAUAUCGACAAAUUUUGCGAUGUUGUUUAUUCUUUCGCGCCUCAGGCCUAUAACGACUUGGUUCAAUAAGCCCUGAAGCCUGAAAACAUUGGAAAAGUCGCAUACACUUCCCCGCAUCCAUCGGUCAUUUGAGUGGAAUUUGACUAGGUAUUUCGUUGAUAACUUGAAGAAGCAGGGGGUGAAAGUUGAACAAAUAGAUCCCACGAGUAAAUCAUUGAUUACCAACUGUGCACAAAAAGCAAUGACAAAGUUUUACAUAUGCAUACUACUCAACAUAUCAAUUGUUUAUUUAAAGUCUCCAGUAUUAAUUGAUGAAAGUUCUUAUAUUGCGAGUCUUAUGUGAUGUCCUUAUGUAGUGAUGGUAACGAUAUUUCUCGGUUACCUGGUAUUAAAAUGUGUUGCAAAUAGUUCGUUCGUAAUUACAGAUUAUUUUAAUUUAUGCAUGUUAAACAUUGGAUGCAUAUUUAACGCAGCCACCCUCUUUUUCUUCUUCUGAACUGUUGUAGGUACUGUUGACGUUUUAUUUCUCAUUCCGCACCAAAAAAUGUGUAAACCUUUUUUACUGAAGAGUUGUAUUAUAGUGUACGUAGUAAAAAGAUUUAUUAUGUUACGGUACUAAUUAUAUCUGAUACACUAA